GAGCGCUUGGGCAAGGCGCUCGACGCCGAGCGCCCCUUGGAGGAUCAGGUCACCUCCUUCGCCACGAGGCCGCGGAACUCCCGUGCCAAGGCCAAGCGCCUUCGCGAGGAGCACGCUCAGAAGCAGCUGGUCAUCGACGAGCUGGUUGCCAAGCAGACGGUGCUCCCGGACUCCCUGGCCGAGGCAGAUGCCGAAGUCGCGCGGCUGGAGGUGGAGGUCCAGCGCUUGGGCGCCGACCGAGCCCCGCCGCCCGCUGCUGGCAAGCCCACGCUCCAUGAGCUGAUGCCGAAGUUCACUGUCAACGCCCAGCAGCUUGGCGAGUUGGCCGUGGAGCUCGGCUUGGGCACCAACCUUCAGACGGAGCUGGAGACGGCGGCCAAAGUCUUCGGGGGGCUCCAUGAGCUUCCCCAGGUGCAGGCCCUCGCUGGGGAAGCCGCCAGGAACGACGUGGAGAUCGACAUCGACCUCAUGGAGUCCGCCGAGCUGCGGGGGGCGUUGGAGGCGGCAGGACUCACGCAGCCUGACGAGGCCACCGACGCGGACAUGCGGGUGGCGCACAAGCGUGUCCUCGACUCGCAUGCGGCUGCGGCGCACAAGAGGAAGAAGAAGCCCGUCGCUGUCGACCUGUACUCCAGUCUAUGCGUCUUCACCCUGUGCGGCGCGCCCGCGAAGAUAGACCUUCGACCAAUUCGUUGGCUGACCAGUCCGCGGGCUUACUUCGCAACUGGCGGAGAGGACCGCCUCGGUACCGAGCAGGCGGCAGCGACGCAAGCAUGCCAGAGGGUCACGAUCCUUGUUGCGCAGGGCCCAAGCACGGCCGCGCUUGAUGCUGGCGACGCGCGCCGUCAGGUGGCGGCCAAGCUGAGCACGGUCAACCCUGGCUCUCACGGGCCACUUCUCAACUUCCAGCCGCGCUUCCUCGGCAAGGUUGCGGUGGUCCAGGAGACGCGGGUGGUCGACCAGCGGCUUGGGGCUGUUCAAUCUGUCGCGCGCGAUGCAGGUUGGCACGGCCUCUGGGCCCCUGCCGAGGAGACGGGGGGGGCGUCCGCGGCGUCGUGCUCCAGUGGGGUCUGCGUGCUCGCGCCUGCCAACGCGAUGGUCACGAUGCCCCCCAAUGGGGAUCAUGCCGUCUUUCCCCGUCAUGCCGUGGCAGCCCAUGUUCACUGGGGUGUCCCUGGUGGUCUGAUUGUCAUCGGCGUCCGCAUGGUUCCUGGCAUCCGCGUCGCUGGGGCCAACCUCUCGAUCCCAUGGGCGCUUGCGAAGCGCGUGGCGGCGUGGAACGCACGCGGCCUCGACUGGAUCAUCGGGGGCGACUGGAACGCCGACGCGGCCGGAGCAUCAACAUUGGCGACUUGGGUUGGGUCUUUGGCAGGCACUCUCCUCCAGCCGUCGGCCCCUACGUGCGUCACCUCCAAUGGAGUGUCCACCAUCGACUACUUCUCGGCGGCCAGCAAUCUCGCGUCCCAUGUCUCUCGCCAGCCCGAG